ACCCUCGCCGGUAUCCCUUCGCUUCGCCUUCGUGACAACAAAACACAAAACCCUUCUUCUACCCCUUCCCACCGUUUUCUCCUUUCCCGCGAACAGCACCUGCCACCGAGCUCUCGAACACCCUAAUCCUCACGAUUACUUUUUAGCCGGAGGAGAUGAAUAAGCAGAAGUUUAAGAAUCCUACUCGAAUCAGAGGGGGAAAGAGGAAGUCUAGACCCAUCUCGAAUGGCGAUGUUUCUUUCUUCGAAUAUGACGCGAAGCGACGGCGCAAGGGAGAUGCGGCCUUCAAGGACAAAGAGGAAAUCGAGAGCUUACCUAGUGAUGAAUCUGAGGCUGAGGUUGCGGGUGGAGAGGAUCAAGGGGAGGAGCCUGAGGAGACUGCGGCAGAAACGAGAUUCCGGAUGGCAAGGGAGCAUCUUGAAAGGAUUAGAGCUGCGGCUAAGAAGCUUGAAGAAGAGGAGGGUGGAGGAGAGGGUGAUGAGAUGAAUAUGGAGGAGAGGGAAGGGAGGAGGGACUCGCUUGUCGCCGAGUUACUGCAGAAGGAUCAGUUGGAGGCAAGUGGCCGUAUUAGACGGUUGAUAGCUUCAAGGGUUUUGAAACCUGAACCUGAGGAUGGGUUCAAAGUGCUAGUGAAGCACCGGCUGUCUGUAACUGCAGUGGGUUUAGCUGAAGAUGAUAUUAGGGGGUUUUCAGCUUCUAAAGAUGGAACCAUUUUGCAUUGGGAUGUUGAAAGUGGAAAACAUGAGAAGUAUUUAUGGCCUAAUGAGGAUGUGCUGAUUUCACACCAUGCAAGAGCUCCUCAAAAGCCAACAUCGAAGAGAAGUAAGAAUGUCUUAACUUUGGCCGUCAGCUCAGAUGGCCGAUAUCUGGCUUCCGGAGGUUUAGAUCGGGAUAUACAUCUGUGGGAUACUCGCACACGUGAGCACAUUCAGGCAUUCCAUGGUCAUAGAGGGCCGGUAUCUUGUCUUACUUUCAGGCUGGGAACUCCACAACUUUUUUCUGGUUCCUUUGACCGAACAAUCAAGCUUUGGAAUGUAGAGGAUAGAACUCACAUGGACAAUCUUUUUGGUCAUCAAAGUGAAGUGUUGAAUAUUGAUUGUUUGCAUAAAGAGCGACUUCUAACAGUUAGCCGGGAUCGGACUAUGCGAUUGUGGAAGGUUCCGGAGGAAUCACAGUUAGUUUUCCGAGCACCUGCAUCAUCGCUUGAGUGUUGUUGCUUCAUCAAUGAUGGUGAAUUCUUGUCUGGAUCUGAUGAUGGGAGUAUAGAGCUUUGGAGCAUAUUGCGGAAGAAGCCUACUCAUAUUAUAAAAAAUGCACAUGCUCUGUCAGCAUUUCAUAAUGAGCACUCGCCUAUUGAUAAAAAUGAAGGCUUGCCUAAUGGAAAUCAUGCAGGCGGCAGCUCUACCUUAGCUCAAUCUUGGGUCAGCUCAGUUGCUGUGUGCAGAGGAACUGAUCUUGCUGCAUCUGGAGCUGCUAAUGGUGUUGUUCGUCUAUGGACCAUUGCAAGUGAUGAUAAAAGCAUCCAGCCUUUAUUUGCCUAUCCCUUGGUUGGAUUUGCCAAUUCACUUGCGUUCUCAAAAUCUGGCCGCUUUCUUCUAGCUGGGGUUGGACAGGAGCCCCGCUUGGGACGAUGGGGCCGAGUUCAUAACGCUCGAAACGGGGUUUCGGUUCAUCCCAUCCAGCUCUCUGAGGAGCAUUCUUGACUAUUCUAGAGCAAGACAAAGAAGCUCAAUUUUUGGUAGUGUAAGUGUUAUUUAUACACUUUCAUAUAAUCUCUAGGAGAUGUAUAUGAUUUUCUUCUCUUAUUUAAUACAUAAUAACAUUCAUUAACCUCUGCAACAAAUUAUACCCUUUAAUGGCAGAGUUGUAUCAUCCUA